AUGGCUGAUAAACAGAUCAGUUUACCUGCCAAGCUGAUCAAUGGAGGGAUAGCUGGGCUGAUCGGGGUCACCUGCGUAUUUCCCAUUGACCUGGCAAAAACUCGCCUGCAGAACCAGCAGAAUGGUCAACGGAUGUACAGCAGCCUGUCUGACUGCCUCAUUAAAACGAUUCGGUCGGAAGGCUACUUUGGCAUGUACAGAGGGGCUGCGGUGAACCUGACUCUAGUGACACCAGAAAAGGCUAUCAAACUGGCAGCCAAUGACUUCUUCCGGCAUCACCUCUCCAAAGACGGGAAAAAGCUGACACUUCUGAGGGAGAUGCUGGCAGGCUGUGGUGCGGGUACCUGCCAGGUGAUUGUCACCACUCCCAUGGAGAUGCUCAAAAUCCAGCUGCAGGAUGCAGGACGCAUUGGUACACCGGCUGGCGCUCUCUCCACAGCGGCACAGAAGAAGCUCAUGGCGGCGCAGGCCCAGCUCUCCUCCUCCCCCGCGGCGGCAGCCGAGCCGGCCGUGGAAACGCGCCCCACGGCCACCCAGAUAACCAGGGAGCUGCUGAGGAGCAAAGGCAUCGCCGGACUCUACAAGGGCCUGGGAGCCACGCUGCUAAGGGAUGUCCCAUUCUCCAUUGUUUACUUCCCACUGUUUGCAAACCUGAACAAGCUGGGCCAGAAAGACCCCAAUGUCAAGGCUCCGUUCUACGUGUCCUUCCUCUCCGGAUGUGUGGCCGGCAGUACGGCUGCAGUGGCUGUCAAUCCUUGUGAUGUGAUCAAAACGCGGCUGCAGUCCUUGCAGAGGGGAGUGAAUGAGGACACCUACUCGGGGAUCCUGGACUGCACCAAGAAGAUCUGGCAGAGGGAAGGGCCCACGGCCUUCUUCAAAGGGGCCUACUGCCGAGCCCUGGUCAUCGCUCCUCUCUUCGGCAUUGCACAAGUUGUCUACUUCGUCGGCAUCGCGGAAUUCCUGCUGGACAUGCUCCCCAAGCACCGGGCCUAG